UUUGUGUGUGCGCGUGCAUUGCAAUAUACCUGUGUGUGUUUAGACUGCCAUGUUUUCCCUGCAGGAGAGCGACGGCCUGUUGGAUUGGUGGAACAAUGUAGAAGGCUGGUCCACAUGGAACGAGACCGCCAAUUUCCAAGAGGACGAGGAGCAGAUAGCGAUGGAGGAGGCAGCUGACCGCGUCUACAUGGGCGCACGUCUGUUUGUGCACCUCUUCAACCAGCGGGGGGCUUCCUUGCAGAAAUCCAUUCUUGAGCUUUUGGCCGUGGCCGACGGCGCUGACCAAUUCCACAAGAAGACAGUGUCAGUCGCGGUGGGAGGAGGCGUGGCCAGCGUGGCCGGCAGCUUGGCCACCAUCACGGGCCUCAUCCUGGCGCCGUUCACCUUCGGCGCCUCCAUCAUCGUCACGGCGGUAGGCAUCGGCGUGGCCACUGCGGGCAGCAUCACAUCGGCGACGGCCAACAUCACGGACGCGGUCCACUCCAAUAUGGACCGCAAGAAGAUAGAGAAGAUGAUCCAGGCCUACCAGGAGAAAAUUAAGGACAUCCGGGAAUGUUUGGAGUUUGUGCAGGCGGGUAUGGACACGCUGCAGGAGUGGGACUUUGAGAAGUACUGCGAGAGCGCCACUAAGAAGGCACUGAACCACAACAUCAAGCAUGUGAUGAAGGAGGGCGGCCGGGCCGGUAAAGCCCUCAUGAUCAACACGGACAAGCUCAUCAGCACCGUGCAGGUCUUGGGUGCGGCGGGUGGCGCUGCCAAAGCCGUGCAGGCUGUCAGCGUCACCACGGGGGUGAUGUCGGCGCUCUUCCUGCUGCUCGACGUCUUCUUCCUUGCCAAGGAUUCCCACGAGCUCCACAAAGGUGCCAAAACCAAAUUUGCCACCAAAAUCAGAGAAGUGUGCAAAGAGCUGCAGGACGGCCUCCUGGAGCUGAACAAGGUCAAGACGCAACUGCAGAAGACCAUGGAUGGCAUCGAGGUGGAGGAGUACGAGGCGAUUGAGGAGGUGGAGGUAGAAGUGGAUGACGACCUAGAGUCGGAUCCCAAUAAGAUGGCAGAGCUGGACCAGGAGUUGGACCUUAUGGAGGAGAAACUGGACAAGAAGAUUGAGGAGGAGAAGAGGAUUAAAGAUGAGGAAACGCGAAGCAUCAAGGUAAAGGAGGAGGAAAAAGAGGAGGAGUCAGGAGAAAAGAAGAAGAAGGAGGGGACAAAGAAGAAGGACAAAGAGGCCGAGAACCGAGUCGCAGCUUGGAAAGAGAAACGGGAACAAGACGAAACAAGUUUGCGUAAAAAGGCUGUUGAGAAAACAAAAGAGAGCGACGAACCUCCCAGCAAGACUGGAGAUUCUAAAAGGAGCAACAAUCCAGAAAAGGAACGCGGCCACAGAGAAGACGGAGGAAUGACUUGGAAUCCAACAGGACGAGCAGACAGCGGGAGCACGAGGACGCAUGGGAGCGAGUCUGCCGAUCUGGAGCGAGGACCUGCCAAAAACGAAAGCGACUCGAAGGACGGUCGAAAGAAACCGUUUUGGGAGAAGGGACUCAAAGACUGGAAGAAGGAAAAGACAGGAAGCAGAGACGAUACCGGAGGAAGCAAAGAGAGAAGGGACUCUUCGGAGCGGGAACCGGCGGAGCAGCAGGUGGCGACGAGGGAAGAGCAGGGGAAAAGCCAAGUUAGGAGGGAGUCGCAUCGGGAGUCGCAUCGGGAGUCGCUUAGGGAGUCGCUUAGGGAGUCGCUUCGGGAGUCGCUUUGGAGCCACGAAAGCAGCCAGAGGGAGAACGCGGAGGAGAGGACAUCUGACAACCACAAGAGUCACCACCAAAGAGCGGAGGAGAGCGCUGAGGAAAGACAAGGAACCCGAAUCGAAAGCACCCGCAAGAAGUUUGAGAGAGAGAAGGAGGAGGAGCACAAAGAGAGAGGAGAGAGGAGAGGAAGCGACCGAGAGAGGAGAGGAAGCGACCGAGAGAGGAGAGGAAGCGACCGAGAGAGGAGAGGAAGCGACCGCGAGAGGAGAGGAAGCGAUCGUGAACAAAGUCGCCGGGAGUCUCGCCAUCUUUCCAGUAAGCUGCUUGAUGAUGGACUCUACAUUUAGGUUUGAAGCCGUUUACACUGCGGAUCCUGUUCUCAUUAGCAUUUAGUUGCAAUUUAGACAAAAAGUCACACACUGAUUAGUAGAGAACUCACAUUUUAGCUCAGCCUUUUUAUGUGCCCUUGUUGUUUGUCCCAACUUUUGACUUUUUGGCGGGGAUACACUUUUUUUUUACUGAAUUCUAAUGUGAACUCACCAGAUUGCAAAUGUUCAGGAGACCACUCAUUUUUAUAUUUUAGUGCAAUAUAUGAACUCCUGAGUCCUAAAUCCUCAAACACAAAUAAUCUUGUGAGCACAACAAUCCCUAAGAGGCGUUAUUUUGCAUUACAACACUUGUGCUUUUAUACAAAUGCUAAAACAUGCCAGUGUGGGAACUUCAACUGUGCAUCUUGUUGUGUGUGUGUGUGUGUGUGUGUGUGUGUGUGUGUGUGUGUGUGUGUGUGUGUGUGUGUGUGUGUGUGUGUGUGUGUGUGUGUGUGUGUGUGUGUGUGUGUGUGUGUG